AUGGGACGUAAAGCAGACGUUAAACCAGUUGUCAACAUCAAAAUGCUGAGUAUUCGCUACGAAACAAAAGAAAAUGAUUCUCUAAUAUACGCGGCAGUUAUAAGUAAUCGUAGCAAAAUACAGAUAGGUCGCAGCCUGGAGAGAGUGCAAGGCGAGCAGACGAUCGCCAGUGUAGCUGGCGGGGUCUGCCGGGGUCGCGGGUCGCGGCAGUGGCGGCUCGGAGCGCGCAGCCCCCACCCCAGCCGCGAUCCGGAGCUCACACACGCCGCUCACUUUUACCCGGGAAGGACUGGCGUUGCUCCUCCCUAUAUAAGCCGCCAGCGGCCGGCGUCUGCACGGCACUCGUCUCCUCUCCAGCAGCAGCCAGCAGCGCACUCACCAGCCGCGACCCAACGCUGCGCCAUGGCCUUCAGAGCACUGUUGGUGCUCCUGCUCGCGUCGGUAGUCCUGCACGAGGGAGACGCCGGAGGAUUCGGCGGGGGCGGAGGAGGCGGCUAUGGCGGCGGCGGCUACGGAGGAGGAGGGGGCGGAAAGAAGUACAUUCUUCACGUUCCCAUCAAAGUGAAGACGAUACAUAAAUACAACACUGUCUACAAGCACAUCAAGAAAGGCAGCGGCGACUACGUCGUUGGUUACACUAUAGAGGAUGGUCAUCAUGGAGGUGGAGGAUAUGGAGGAGGCGGAUAUGGAGGAGGUGGAGGAUAUGGAGGAGGCGGAUACGGAGGAGGUGGAGGAUAUGGAGGAGGCGGAGGAUACGGAGGUGGCCACGGAGGAGGAAUAGCCAUAGUGGGUGGAAUAGGGGGCGGUCAUGGCGGAGGCGGCGGCUACGGAGGCGGCGGAUAUGGAGGCGGCGGUGGUGGCGUGAAAAUCGCCAUCGUCGGAGGAAUAGGCGGAGGCCACGGUGGCGGAGGAUACGGAGGUGGCGGAGGAUACGGAGGCGGCCACGACAUAGGAGGUGGCUACGGAGGAGGCGGCGGCGGAUUCAGCAGUCACGGAGGAGACAUCGGGGGUGGAUACGGUGGAGGCGGUGGCGGCGGCUUCAGCAGCCACGGAGGCGACAUCGGAGGUGGAUAUGGAGACGGUGGCGGUUUCAGCAGCCACGGUGGAGACAUCGGAGGAGGUUACGGCGGAGGCGACAUCGGAGGUGGAUACGGAGGCGGCGGUGGUUACGGCGGAGGUGGCGGCUUCAGCAGCCACGGAGGAGACAUCGGAGGUGGUUAUGGAGGCGGUCACCACGGCCACCACAAGAAGUGAGGCUCCAGUUUUCUGCAGUGACGUCACGCUGCAGUCAUUCUCUCUCUCAGGGUGCGCCGGGCUGUGCGCCCAAAUUGCGGUCCUCGCAGGAACCGCUCCGAGCCAGUAACCACGGCUAUCAGCCAGUAACCACGGCUACCAGCCGUAACCAAGGCCCCGAAGGCGAGGAAGGAAUCGCUGUGGCCACUUCCUAGUCCCGGCAGCAGAAGCUGCCACUUCAACGUUGUG